AUGUCGAGUCACCUACAUCGGCACUUUGGGCGUUUCGAUUUCUCGUUUGAAGCGACCUCCCAGCCCCACAAAUACCGCAUUCAAAACUACCGCCCACGAAUACAACUACACCUCCCUCGAACUGUUGCAUUCAAUUGGUAUGACCAAAGAUACGAUCUUCCGAGUCCCGAGCUUCUCAAGGUUCAUGCAAUUGUUGCGCGCAUCUUUCAUGCAUCUUCCGCAGCGGAGCAGAUUGAAAAGGCACUUCGUGAUCUAGGAGAACACUGUGGGCUAGCAAAGGAUGGUAGCACCGAUAUUUCUUCUAUGUUGGCCGCAACAACACUAGGUGUCCUCGGUUCCCGCACGGGCAACGUCCAGCAGACUCGCGCAGCGUUCCCAGAUUCCAAAACAAGUGCCCAGAGCGUUCAAAAGAAUGUUACAAAUGUAGAUAGACCGCUGGGCGAAGAACAGGCUACCUACGAGGAACAAUCACUGCGCUAUUAG